CCUCUAAACUUGCACUAGCCCAUCACAUAUCCUACAGAGAAAACUACUGGAUUCAACGUCAUGAAACAGCCCUUGUGUGACGCAUUGUUUCUAUAUCAUGCCGGCACAACCGCCGAAGACGAUGACAGUUUGGGACCGUUUUAUAUCGUUCAUUGUGUCUUUAUUCCCAUCCUUUCAAUGACAGCGCUUAUCUUCAACAGUAUUACCAUUCAAGCGAUCAGAAAGACGCCCGCUUUUUCACAGAAUCUGAGAACGUUGCUACUUAGUCUUGCGAUCUCUGACCUUGGGGUUGGUUUAUUGGUGCAACCUUUCUAUUUUUGGCUGCUUUUCAAGAAGUCACAACACAGCAGCGCUGGCAAUUCGUCUGUCGCUACAUGCACCGCGUUUGUGUAUCUGGCAAGCGUUUUUUCCACGGGGUCGUUUUUGGGUGUGACCACACUGAGUAUUGAUAGGUUCUUGGCUGUCUAUCUCCACCUUCGAUACCAAGAAUUUGUGACUAACAAUCGUGUUGUUUCUGUAGCGAUUUCCAACUGGGUGUUGAGUGCUAUUGUCUCCACGAUAGUUGCCGUGCGGAUUCCUCAGAGGAUUCCCUACAUGAUUCUUGGCGCUCUAGGAAUAUUUUGUCUUCUCUUUAUAGCUUUUCUGUAUUUCAAGAUCUACUUAUGUGUGCGACACCAUCAGAAACAAAUACGUUGUCUACAAGUACAACAGGAGGCUGCAAAUGUUGCAAACGUCAAAAAAUCAGCGACUGGCUCUUUUUACGUAUACCUUGUGUUUUCUCUUUGCUAUUUGCCUCAGUUCUCCAGUUUUGUUAUUAUUGCAGUGAUGGGAUUCAACACAGCUGUAAAGACAUUCUCGAUCUCUGCCAUAACAUUCGUAUUUCUCAAUUCGUCCUUGAACCCUUUCGUGUACUGCUGGAAGAUGAGGCACAUUCGGCAUGCUAUAAUGAACACACUAGAGAAUCUUUGCCAACAUAAUUGUCAUAUCCAGUCUAGGGGGGAAAAUGUGUAAAGAAGGAAACGCGGAUAAUGAACUAUUGUGUCAAAAAUUCAGUCAUGAAGUAUCUUUCUUUAAAUAUAAAGAAAGUGUGAAGGUCCAGGACGAAUAGAACUAGUCCGCAAUGUUAUCCACAAUUUACCUAAAUAGUUACAAAUCAAAGGGAUAAAGGGGGCAGGUUUCUAAAGAAAUCUCGGUGCUGCGUCGAUGGGAGAGCAUAGCAUAAUGAUUUGGUUUUAUCAGGUGAGUUGAUACUGUAAAAUUGGCCGCCGUAAAGAGUUUCUAAAGCUGACGUUUUGAGCGAUGGGCACGACCAACUUGCCCCUCUUCAUAUCUAGGAUUCAAAUUGAUUAACGAAUCACCUGCCUGCAUUCACUCUAAUUUUUCACCUGUUUCAUUUUGGCAAACUGUUCAUCAGCAUUAGUACUUUAUGAAAGCAAAUAUACGGUAGUCAACGCAGUUUUUUAUUUGCCUAGGAUAGAAUUACAUUGCAAGAGAGCAUUUCGCGAGGAGAAUUUGGUUCAUUUCGGCGAACCAAGGUAAACCAAC